AUGGAAGAUCUUAACAAGGUGCCUAGGUUUUCUAGCUGCAGAUGGGUUUCAUUCGAAGUUAAACCCCGACAAGGCAGCCCAUUUGACAUGGAGCCUCCAAGCCAAGAGAACUGCAGCGACCGGCCUGUCUGGCUCCCAUGGACUCAACGAAGCUCAUUUAAAGUCUUCCCCACUUUAUCUGAGUUCGGAAGGACCGCAAGCCGAUCCAGUAGCCAUUUCUGUGAUCUCGAUGACGACGACGUAGAAGAAGGCGACGCCUUCCCAUCGAAUGAUGCACUACAAGUCGCCAACGAUAUCGAGAAACAACAAGCCAAGGAAGCUGAGCAACCCAUACAAGCAACCAAAAGAAACCCUUCUGUGAGGAAGAGCAAGCCAUCAGAGUCGCGCCUCUCUAUUAUUCUGCUUGACCAGGGACUUUUCACGGUGUACAAGCGCCUCUUCGCCGUCUGUUUCACCCUCAACAUGAUUGGGGUGGCUCUCGCCAUCACCGGCCACUUCCCCUAUGCCAAGAAAAGAGCAGCAGCCUUCGCUAUUUAUAACAUCUUAGCCCUCACUCUUUGCCGUAGCGAGGCCUUUCUCCGUAUCGUCUUCUGGCUCGCUGUUAAGGUGCUAGGGAGGCCUUGGGUUCCUCUCUUCAUCAAGACCGCCGCCACUUCCUUCCUCCAAUCCAUCGGUGGAAUCCACAGCAGCUGCGGCAUCUCAUCCGUCGCAUGGCUCAUCUAUGCUCUCGUCCUCACCCUGAAUCACCGCGAAAACACCUCUGACGAGAUCAUCGCAGUCGCUUCCACCAUUCUAUCACUACUGUGUUUUUCCUGCAUGGUCUGGGUGUACGUCGUCCUCACGGUUGGCUAUGAUCCAGCCACCAAAUCUUACGACAAUCUUAAAGGCUCCAGGCUCGCGAAGCGACAAGAGCUCUGGCUCACUGUGGCCAUCACCAUCUUCACCAUCCUCCCGUGGCUGACGGUGAGACGAGUCCCGGUCUCGGUCACUGCUCCAUCCGGCCAUGCGUCCAUUAUAAAGUUCGCCGGAGGAAUCAAAGCCGGCAUACUGGGGAGGAUUAGUAGGUUGCCCUUAUCGGAGUGGCACGCUUUCGGCAUCAUAUCUGACGGCAAGGAUGGGCACAUGAUGCUGGCGGGCGCCGUCGGGGACUUCACCAGGUGUUUGGUCUCGGACCCACCGAACCAUCUUUGGGUCCGAGGAGUUCGCUUCGCUGGCCUUCCCUAUCUGGUGAACAUGUACAGCAGAGCGGUGUUGGUCGCAACUGGGUCCGGAAUUUGUGUGUUCCUAUCGUUCUUGCUGCAGCCGUGUGCUGAGAUCAAGGAGAUGAUGAGUGGUCAUCCAAAGGAGAAGGUGAUAGUACAUGAUACUGCCGUGUCCGGUCGGCCAAAUGUUGCACAGAUGACCAUUGAUGCCGCCAGGAAUUGGAAGGCAGAGGUGGUGGUGGUGACCAGCAAUCCCCAGGGCAGUAGGGAUGUCGUUGAUGCUUGCAAGGCUGUUGGUAUACCCGCAUUCGGACCCAUAUGGGACUCGUAG